AUGGAGACGAAGGUGCAAGACUUUGUGGACUGGAUGAAGCGGAAGCAUUCGGUCGAUGUAGAGGCCUUGGGGGUCCAGCUACGGCCCGAUGCGCAUGGGGGGGUGGGUGUCUACGCCACUCGAAGAAUUGAGCCAGGGGAGCUUUUGGUGAGGAUUCCUAUCUCGGCCCUUCUGACCACCAAAGCUGCUCGAGCGGCCUGGGUGACGGCCACACCGGAGAUUCUGGAGGUAAAGGGCGAAGAGUUCUUGUGGCUCUACAUGAUUUGGGGCCGCAAGGAGCUUUCGUGUGACUGGUAUCCCUACCUGCAGAUCUUGCCGAGCGAUCCCUUGCCUUGGCUGCGCAGCGCGGAGGCGCUCCGAUGGCUGCGAGGGACAUCACUGGAGACUGCAGCCGAGGUGAUCGCACAGCAGGAAGCGAGGCAUGCGGAGCUCCGUGCUUCGCUCGGGGAGGUGGCGGGAAGCUUCGAAGAUUGGCUGUGGGCAAGGCACUGCUACCUCUCCCGAAGCUUUGAUCAAGCAGCCUUCCCCAGGUCAGAGGAUUGGGAGUCUGCUGCCAUGUGCCCUCUCUUGGACUCCAUGAACCAUCAGCCCGAUGCUGAAGUUGAGGCCCGCUAUGGCGAAGAGACCGCAGGCCUUUGGUUGCCCGACACCGCAUCCCCUUACGAAGAGGGCGAGGAGGUCUUCCACCUCUACAAAGGGCAAGCGGACAAUGAAACUCUCUUGCUCAACUAUGGCUUCGCACUACCGGAGAACCCCUAUGAUGUCGUGGACCAUGUCAUUUUCCCCUUUGAGGGUGAAGCGGAGCGCUGGGAAGCUUUGGAAGCCAUGCCGAGCGUGUGGUGUCGCCGUGGAAGGUCCGUGCUUCUUCGACUCUCCGAGGCCUUGACAUCCCAAACAUUGGAAGUGCCAACUGAGCUGCUGCGUGCAGCUGCGCUGCUGCGAGGUUGGGAUUACCAGGCACCGGUGGGAGUGGGACAACCCCCCUGCGUUCCAAGAGAUAGGCACAUGUUCGCAGUCGAAAGGCAUGGCAUGUUCGUUUCAUAG